AUGAGUUCUGUUCUCGAAGAGUCUGCAAGCAUGGGUCCACACCCCCUCUGCUACAUCGUUACACCAGUUGGGUGCAUGGGGUAUGGCCUUGACGAGGACGCUUGCGGCAAGGAACUCGCACAACUCGUUCCCAGCGGCGUUCCAACGGCUAUUAUCCUAGACGCCGGAUCAACUGAUAGUGGCCCCGAGAAACUGGCACUUGGCACCAUGACUUGCCCUCGUUCAGCCUAUGUCAGAGACUUGACCAAGUUGCUGAAGCUCGUACAUGACUUUCGGGUUCCAUUGGUCUUCGGCUCUGCCGGAGGAGAUGGCUCCGACGAACAUGUGAAGUUGAUGGAAGAAAUCAUUGAAGAGAUUUGUGCAGAAGAUAGCAACUCUAUCGACAAAUCCGUCAUUCUCGAACGACUCAAUGUUGGGGGGAUCUCCGGCUGUGGUGUCUGUGUGCCCCCAUUAAAGUCCAAAGAUGUCAAAGAUUCAACUCGUGUUGUGGCACAAAUAGGCCCCGAGGCGUUCGUUGAUGCCAUGGAAGCCACACCCGACUUCGAUAUCAUCAUCGGCGGAAGGGCAUACGAUCCCGCUCCUUAUGUUGCAUACUCCAUGUACCAGCUCAAACGUCAGAACCCAGGCAUCACUCACGACCAAAUUGAGUCCAUACAUGGCGGCUUUCUGCACAUGGGCAAGAUCAUGGAAUGUGGCGGGCUUUGUUCAACACCCAAGUCCCACGGCGCUGUUGCUACCGUCUACGAAAGUGGCAUGUUCGACGUCAGACCAAUCGCGCCCGGUUCACGUUGCAUGCCACUGUCAGUAGCCGCGCAUUCAUUGUAUGAGAAUACGAGGCCUGACAUCCUGCGAGGGCCCGGGGGUGCUCUUCAUCUCGACCAGGCACACUAUGAGCAGCUCAGCGAUCAGCGUACCGUCCGAGCACGUGGGGCGCGCUUUGUUUCGUCAAUCGCAGAUGGCAAACCAUAUCAGUUCAAGCUAGAAGCCGCACGCGUUCUUGGCUAUCGAUCCAUUGUUCUUGGGAGUGUCAAAGAUCAUAUACUCAUUGAGCAAUUGGACGACUUGCUCAUUCUUGUCAAAGCCUACGUCAAGCAGCAACAUAAAAAUGUGUCCGGUGACUGGGAUCUAGACUUCCACACUUAUGGCAAAGGGCAGAGCACGCCCAGUGGUCCCGGGGAGAUAUUCAUCGUCGCGGAAGCAAUUGCCCCGACACAAGAACUUGCGACAGGUCUCGUAUCGACAGCGAGAAUUGCAUUGAUUCAUGGGCCAUAUGCGGGCCAAAAGGCUACGUCCGGCAACUUCGCUUUUGGGAUUGCUGGGAAAUUAGAGAUUGAGACCGGCCCAUGUGCCCAGUUCUCGAUAUACCAUCUCAUCGAUCUCAAGCCGGGCGAAGAAAGGCUCUCAAUUACAUCAGAGAACCAGAAGAACAGAAGCCUCCUCCGCUCUUCAGUCUCCAUAUUUGGAAACGGUCAGGGAACAAGAAGUAAUCAGCCUCUCCCGACGGACUUUGAGUCUCAGUCGACAGGCGGGCCGAAUACAAAUGGCGAGAAAGCCCACGCGAGCCCGCGGAACUCUCCUUCGAGUCUAAAGAGCAUUGCAGGUCACCCGAGAACCCUUUCGGACAUCUCCCGAGUCCUUCGUUCGAAGAACGCGGGGCCCUACGAGAUUACAAUGGACGUCAUCUUCGAGUCCGAGUGCACCUUCAGAGCGAUUCGAGAGUCGGGAAUACUACAUCCUGUCAAUGUCGCCGAGGCUCUUGGCAUUUCUGAGAGCGACAUUGUUUGGACUGGGUUCUUUGAACCGGCUCUGGCAUUCAAGGUAACAAUACCUCGGUUCAGAGGGGGAAAGAGAGCUUCAGCCGGCAGCUUUAUGGAGAAUGAUAUUCAUGGGUCGCAACAACACUUGGGACUAUCAGUAUUGAAGCUGCCAGCAAACUUCGCAGUCGAGGAGAACUGA